GCCAGCGGUUGCGUCGAAUCUGCCAUCGCGAGUCUUUGAUUUAUUCACGCUGUCAAAACAAGGUGAUCGGACUAGUGUCAGCCCGUUUACAAGCUUUGAUUCAGUGUUUGGUUGAAUUCGGGUUGCUGAAAAACCAACAUAGCUACACCAACGACGUAGGGCUAAACGAAUCAGUUACGGAGAGAGAUUAUGCAGUCACUACUUUGGUCAGCAGCUUACAAAACAUUUUACAUAACCAUUUCGCCAUAGCCACGAUGAGAACUCCAGUUAAUUCCGCGAGAUUUCUGAUGAUGCUUGAAGACAUCAUGCUAUUAUACCGGGUAGAGAUCACAAUUCUCGAGCAGCGUUACAUCAGAGCCCGCACCAACCGUGCCAGGCGUAGGAUCAUUGAACAUGCUAGGCAUUACAGCUUGAUAAGUAAGGUUCCUAAUCAGUUGAAAUACUUGGAUCGACUCAUUCAUGUCACUGAUGUUGACUGCAUAGCAAACUUAAGAAUGGAUCGCAACACAUUUGGGAAGUUGUGUCGCAUCCUCACUGCGGAGGGAGGCUUGAGCCCAGGGAAAUGCUUAGGCAUUGAAGAACAGGUGGAAAUUUUUUUGGGCGUCUUAGCGCACCACAAUAAAAACCGCGUUGUUCGUUUUAGUUUUUUUAGGUCCGGUUCGACGGUGUCCCAUUACAUAGACAAGGUUUUAGGGGCUGUUUUGAGUCUCCACAGAGUGUUAUUGUCAAAGCCUAAACCCGUGGCGGAUGAUUGCAUUGAUCACAGAUGGAAAUGGUUCAAGGGCUGUCUCGGUGCACUCGACGGUACGCACAUCAACGUACUGGUUGGCAACAGUGACAAACCUCGUUAUCGCACUCGAAAGGGGUCUAUUGCAACGAACACCUUGGCUGUUUGCGAUCGCAAUAUGCAGUUUGUUUAUUUCCUACUAGGGUAGGAAGGGUCCGCCGGUGACUCUCACGUACUCAGGGAUGCUGUGGCGCGACCCAACGGACUAAGAGUUCCCCAGGGCUGUUACUAUUUAUGUAACAACGGAUACGCCAAUAGCAACGGGUUUUGACGCCGUACAAAGGAGUUCGAUACCACCUCAAGGAAUGGGGCAUCGGUAAUGCACAGCCACAAAAUCCGAAGGAAUUGUUCAACAUGAGGCACAGCAAGGCUAGGAAUGUAAUCGAGAGAGCCUUUGCGGUUUUGAAGAUGUGUUGGGGAAUAUUACGUAGUGCGUCUUAUUACCCAAUUCAAACACAAAUCAGGUUAAUCAUGGCGUGUUUCCUUCUCCAUAAUUUUAUUCACCACGAGAUGAGCACUGGCCCCUUUGAAGAAGCGGUUGGUGGAGAGAGCUCAGCAACCGUGUCAGAUCAUGAUAGUCCACAGCCUGAAUACAUAUACUAUGUAGACCCAACUCCAGAAUGGACUCAGUUUAGAGACUCCAUUGCGAUGACAAUGUGGAACAAUAGAUAGAGUUUUGUUACUAUCGUGUUAUUAGAUCCACCUAGACUUUGUGAACAACUUUGUACUUGAAACAAUUGAAAUAGCAUCUACAUUAUGUCAUAGUUAUGUGUUGACAGUUGCAUGUUCCAAGUCCAAUUGUACUCCAUGGUGACCUUAGCUCAAUUUAAACAGCAUAUGCAUUCUGUUA